UGAUUGUACAUUCGUGUAUAGUUGUUUACAUGCAGAUGCGAUAGUAUAGGGCCAGUUGGUACAAUGUCAGACGGGCUGCUUGUCGCGUACCGCCAGCUGUUGUACGAGCUCUUCACGCACAUCGAGCAGGGAUUACAAGAGGAUGUAUUGAUUGCCUGGAAGGUGCUGAAAGGCGGCCAUUUGGCUUUACUUUUAACUGUGGUGGAUAUGUUUGUGGAGCCCGACAACUUUCUGCUGGCAGCGGAUUUGAUGCAGCUGGUAGUGCCUAUAACGAAUGCGAACGUGAACGCCGAAGUGUUUCGGUAA